CCAUGCGCACCCUGUGAUUUUAUUAUGUUUUUUUCUAAAGUGGGAUCGGAGUGGAACAUGGCGACGUCCCUGAUCUACGGCCGGUUGUCGGCUGGACUGAGGAAUUCCGGGUGUAGGACGGCCCUCAGUAAUGCAUCUAAGGUACUGGGAGGGACGUCCGGCCUGUUUGGGAACCAUGGGGCGCAGCAGUUGCCCCUGCAGCAACAGCAGAGGAACCUCUCCUUGCACGAAUACCUGAGCAUCGGCCUGCUGAAGGAGGCGGGCAUCUCCGUGCCCGCGGGCAUGGUGGCUAGCACGCCCGAGGAGGCCUAUUCCGUCGCCAAGCAGAUUGGCUCUAAGGACCUGGUGGUGAAGGCUCAGGUGCUGGCAGGAGGCAGGGGGAAGGGAACCUUUGAGGGAGGCCUGAAGGGAGGAGUCAAGAUUGUCUACUCACCAGAGGAGGCCCGGGAUAUUUCCUCUCAGAUGAUUGGCCAGAAGCUGUACACUAAGCAGACGGGAGAGAAGGGCCGCAUCUGCAACCAGGUGUUCAUCUGCGAGCGCAGGUACCCCCGCAGGGAGUACUACUUUGCCAUCACCAUGGAGAGGUCCUAUCAGGGCCCAGUGUUGAUCGGCAGCUCGCAGGGAGGCGUGAACAUUGAGGACGUCGCAGCGGAGAACCCUGACGCCAUUGUAAAGGAGCCCAUCGACAUUGUGGAGGGCAUCAAAAUGGAGCAGGCCGUCAAGGUGGCAGAGAAAAUGGGUUUCCCCCCCGGUUUGAUCAACGAGGCAGCUGAGAACAUGAUCAAGCUCUACAACCUCUUCAUCAAGUAUGACGCCUCCAUGGUGGAGAUCAACCCCAUGGUGGAGGAUUCAUCUGGCAUCGUGAUGUGCAUGGACGCCAAGAUAAACUUUGACUCCAACGCGGCGUACCGGCAGAAGAAAGUGUUUGACAUGCAGGACUGGACCCAGGAGGACAUUCGAGACCGGCAGGCGGCCAAAGCCGACCUCAACUACAUUGGACUGGACGGAACCAUCGGCUGCCUGGUUAAUGGGGCAGGGUUGGCCAUGGCCACAAUGGACAUCAUCAAGCUCCACGGCGGCACUCCUGCCAACUUCCUGGAUGUUGGGGGCGGAGCCACUGCCCACCAGGUGACGGAAGCGUUCAAACUCAUCACCUCCGACAAAAAGGUGCAGGCCAUCCUGGUAAAUAUUUUCGGAGGUAUUAUGAGAUGUGAUGUCAUCGCCCAAGGUAUCAUCAUGGCUGUGACAGAUCUGGAACUUAGAAUCCCCAUCGUUGUUAGGUUGCAAGGGACACGGGUGGAUGAUGCGAAGGCUCUCAUUGCUGCCAGCCCCCUGAAGAUCCUGGCCUGCGACGACCUGGAUGAAGCGGCAAAGAUGGUUGUAAAGCUUUCUGAGAUCGUCUCGCUAGCGAAGGAGGCCCAGGUGGACGUGAAGUUUCAGCUCCCGAUCUAGGACCCGCCCCCCUCCUCGAGCAGCCGAAAGACCUCGCUGUAGAGAAUCAUCCUUCCAAGCAUCCUCCAAUCCCACCCUUCAGUUUUAUUUUUAAAUUUCUUUUGCUUUUUCUUUUCAGUCUGUUUCGGUGGUAUGGUCUCAAACCUCUGUUACGUCGGCUAUGUGCGACAGGCUUCAUCUCAGCAAAACCCAGACUGCCCAGCUAACUCUGCAGCCCUAUCCGCCCGUGGCUGUUUGAGUCGGUGCUUCCAAGAUUGCAGCUUCCAUCACCCGCCCCGCCGCAUUCCGUUCACAUUUAAAUCUCCUGCUCACGUGUCGCUCUGCAACUGUUACUCAUUCCUUCUAGUUCUUUCCUUUAUUCAAAAAUAAGACUGAAAAAAAAACGAACCGGGAAUAUUUAUACUGGCUUAAAUUAUUGCCAUAGAGGCGUCAAACCCAAACAGUAUGUUGUUAUUGCUGGUUCUCCGUAUGACAGGGAUAUAUUUGUGAUAUAUUUUCAUCUGUGUCAUUGGGAAGUGUGUCCUCUCCACUGGCCACACUGUUCCUUUCUAGAGUAGUCCUAUGUAGUACUCACGGGCGCACACACAAAUAUCCACUCCACAGACUGCAUGCUCUUGUUGGGAGCGUGGCAGUUAGACUCCAGCGAACCCCGGUGGGUUAUGAUCAUUUUAACCUUUCUCAGAGGUGGCAGCACACAGCCAUGAAGGCUGCGUUACUGUUCCCCCUCCCCCUCCCCCCGCCCCAUUCUGGCGUGCCUUUGAUGGUUGGUAUUGAAAGAGAGGAAUAAGAUGAGGGGUGGGGGUGGGAGGCCUUUCGGUCCAGUCCCAGCUGCUCAGGUGGCAGCAUCGGCCCACGAGACCAGCCAGGACAGCUGAUGGUAAAGGAGACGCACCCAGCAGCCACACCGAGGCUGUGAGGGACGGCGAGCUUCACUCACAGCUUUCACCAUGGAAACGUGGGCGUGCCGUUUGCGUUCGGGUGAAGAGGAGUACUGCUGCUGUACUAAUGCAGUAUUAAAGAUGACCUCUUUUAAUGCGGUUCUGUUAACUUAAAGGGUAUCAAGCCCCUUCACUCAGUCUCCUGAUGAUCUGAAAUUACCCUUCAAAUUAUUAUUAAACUAAUUGGCCCCAAUUACAGUUUAAAGCAGCCAUUUUUGCUCACAUUACAUUGCAUGCACGUUAAGCGUAAGCGUAAGGACACUGUUAAAACGGAAAAAUACGGUGAAUGCUUUUCAAAAUUCGUUUGAAUUGGCAGGGUUUCUGAGCAGCAAGCGGACCCUGUGGAGACUCCAAUAGCCAAAAUAAUGUCUUUCUUAAGAGAGGUGUAACCGGUAGGAACUGUCAGGCAGUGGUUUCCUGGCAGUGCUGCCCCCCCUCCACACCCCCUCAUAGUGAAAGCCUGUUAUGUGCUGGUCUCGCCACCGUGUCAACCAAACCCCCUUACCUCCCACAUUAGCUGCUGUAACCAGGACGAAGAGCGCACACAUUCUGGUCUGGUCCUCACAUUCUGUGGCCCUCCAGACCAAACACUUCACUAAAUUUUUUUUAUUUGUUUUGUAAAUAACAAGACCACUUCUGUCUUCUGUAUGAUAUUUAAAAGGCUCAGGGGGGUGGGGAUCAAAGAAAAUAUUAAAUGCAUAGAACACCAAAAA